AUGAAGCAUGUGUGCUGCACUUCGACAUCUCUCUCAUCUCUAUCUCACGCUGCCCCCCCCUCUCCCUGCCGUGCCUCACCUGCCUCUCUCCUCCCUGCCGUGCCCUCACCUGCCUCUCUCCUCCCUGCCGUGCCCUCACCUGCCUCUCUCCUCCCUGCCGUGCCCUCACCUGCCUCUCUCCUCCCUGCCGUGCCCUCACCUGCCUCUCUCCUCCCUGCCGUGCCCUCACCUGCCUCUCUCCUCCCUGCCAUGCCCUCACCUGCCUCUCUCCUCCUGCCGUGCCCUCACCUGCCUCUCUCCUCCCUGCCGUGCCCUCACCUGCCUCUCUCCUCCCUGCCGUGCCCUCACCUGCCUCUCUCCUCCCUGCCGUGCCCUCACCUGCCUCUCUCCUCCCUGCCGUGCCCUCACCUGCCUCUCUCCUCCCUGCCGUGCCCUCACCUGCCUCUCUCCUCCCUGCCGUGCCCUCACCUGCCCUCUCCUCCCUGCCGUGCCCUCACCUGCCUCUCUCCUCCCUGCCGUGCCCUCACCUGCCUCUCUCCUCCCUGCCGUGCCCUCACCUGCCUCUCUCCUCCCUGCCGUGCCCUCACCUGCCUCUCUCCUCCCUGCCGUGCCCUCACCUGCCUCUCUCCUCCCUGCCGUGCCCUCACCUGCCUCUCUCCUCCCUGCCGUGCCCUCACCUGCCUCUCUCCUCCCUGCCGUGCCCUCACCUGCCUCUCUCCUCCCUGCCGUGCCCUCACCUGCCUCUCUCCUCCCUGCCGUGCCCUCACCUGCCUCUCUCCUCCCUGCCGUGCCUCACCUGCCUCUCUCCUCCCUGCUGUGCCCUCACCUGCCUCUCUCCUCCCUGCCGUGCCCUCACCUGCCUCUCUCCUCCCUGCCGUGCCCUCACCUGCCUCUCUCCUCCCUGCCGUGCCCUCACCUGCCUCUCUCCUCCCUGCCGUGCCCUCACCUGCCUCUCUCCUCCCUGCCGUGCCCUCACCUGCCUCUCUCCUCCCUGCCGUGCCCUCACCUGCCUCUCUCCUCCCUGCCGUGCCCUCACCUGCCUCUCUCCUCCCUGCCGUGCCCUCACCUGCCUCUCUCCUCCCUGCCGUGCCCUCACCUGCCUCUCUCCUCCCUGCCGUGCCCUCACCUGCCUCUCUCCUCCCUGCCGUGCCCUCACCUGCCUCUCUCCUCCCUGCCGUGCCCUCACCUGCCUCUCUCCUCCCUGCCGUGCCCUCACCUGCCUCUCUCCUCCCUGCCGUGCCCUCACCUGCCUCUCUCCUCCCUGCCGUGCCCUCACCUGCCUCUCUCCUCCCUGCCGUGCCCUCACCUGCCUCUCUCCUCCCUGCCGUGCCCUCACCUGCCUCUCUCCUCCCUGCCGUGCCCUCACCUGCCUCUCUCCUCCCUGCCGUGCCCUCACCUGCCUCUCUCCCUCCCUGCCGUGCCCUCACCUGCCUCUCUCCUCCCUGCCGUGCCCUCACCUGCCUCUCUCCUCCCUGCGUGCCCUCACCUGCCUCUCUCCUCCCUGCUGUGCCCUCACCUGCCUCUCUCCUCCCUGCCGUGCCCUCACCUGCCUCUCUCCUCCCUGCCGUGCCCUCACCUGCCUCUCUCCUCCCUGCCGUGCCCUCACCUGCCUCUCUCCUCCCUGCCGUGCCCUCACCUGCCUCUCUCCUCCCUGCCGUGCCCUCACCUGCCUCUCUCCUCCCUGCCGUGCCCUCACCUGCCUCUCUCCUCCCUGCCGUGCCCUCACCUGCCUCUCUCCUCCCUGCCGUGCCCUCACCUGCCUCUCUCCUCCCUGCCGUGCCCUCACCUGCCUCUCUCCUCCCUGCCGUGCCCUCACCUGCCUCUCUCCUCCCUGCCGUGCCUCACCUGCCUCUCUCCUCCCUGCCGUGCCCUCACCUGCCUCUCUCCUCCCUGCCGUGCCCUCACCUGCCUCUCUCCUCCCUGCCGUGCCCUCACCUGCCUCUCUCCUCCCUGCCGUGCCCUCACCUGCCUCUCUCCUCCCUGCCGUGCCCUCACCUGCCUCUCUCCUCCCUGCCGUGCCCUCAACCUGCCUCUCUCCUCCCUGCCGUGCCCUCACCUGCCUCUCUCCUCCCCUGCCGUGCCCUCACUGCCUCUCUCUCCCUCCCUGCCGUGCCCUCACCUGCCUCUCUCCUCCCUGCCGUGCCCUCACCUGCCUCUCUCCUCCCUGCCGUGCCCUCACCUGCCUCUCCUCCCUGCCGUGCCCUCACCUGCCUCUCUCCUCCCUGCCGUGCCCUCACCUGCCUCUCUCCUCCCCCACCAGACGCUGCUCAAGGUACAGGGCUUCGGCGACAACGUGGUGACGCACCUCAUCGCUGGGCUGGGCGCCGGUUUCACCUGCCUCUCUCCUCCCCCACCAGACGCUGCUCAAGGUACCGGGCUUCGGCGACAACGUGGUGA